GUUGACAUUUGGGCUAGGCUGGUCUUUACACUCGUUAUUCGCCCUAGAAGCUAGGCGAACGAAUCCCACCCCUUGAGUCUAGUUACCCCAGUUGGGGAAAACGGAAUGCAACGUGCCCCUUGCGCUGUGUUUGCGAGAAUCAAUGACAUAUAUACCUAGCUCGGGUUCCCUCAACAUCAGUAGGACUUUUAGAGAAAGCAACCACGGUGAUCAGAAUGCGUUUCUCAACUGCCUCCGCUGCUUCAAUGCUAGUCGGCGCCGCCAUGGCCACCGCAAAGACAACCACCUACUCAUACGGGCCCAAUGUCCGCCAGGUCUACGACGUCUACAUCCCCUCGGCCGCGACCAACAAGACCGUAGCGACCGACAAGAACUGGCUGGUGUACAUUCACGGAGGCUUCUAUCGCAACUUCGCCCAGAACUCAACAGACAUCCUGCCCGCCAUCGCUUCCCUCGAGGCAAACAGCCCCGACUUGCUCGCAACUCAAAUCGCCGGAAUCGCAUCCCUGGACUACCGACUUUCCGCACUUCCUGGCGCUCAACCUAACAACACGCCCACGAACGAGCUUCAGAACGCCAGAUGGCCUGAUCACCUCAACGACGCUGUCGCCGCGCUCAAGGACCUCAACAAGCAUUAUCCGAUCGACGGCAACUACAUUGUUUCCGGCCACUCCGUCGGCGCACAAAUCGCCUUCUUCACGGCUUUGGAGACGCUAAAGGAUCCCGCCGUGCCUAAGCCCGUGGCCGUCUUGGGAAUCAGCGGCAUUUACGACUUGCCUCUGCUCCACAUCACUAACCCCGAUUAUGACUAUCUCGUACUCAACGCCAUGAGAGAAGACCAGCUGGUAGAGGCCAGUCCAUCCAAGGUCGAUGCCAAAAAUUACGCAGCACUCGACCUGGAGGCCUUUAUUUUGGCGCACAGCAGGAAUGAUGGGCUUGUGCCUUGGGACCAGGUCGAGUCGAUAGAAGCGACCCUGGAUUCUCUACCUGAAGUAGAGAGUAAGACACACCUGGUCGAGCUUGAUGGUGCGCACAACGAUAUUUGGCGUGGGGGUGUGCAACUGGCCAAGGCUUUCACGGAAACUCUAGCUAUAUUGAGGGCGGGUGCAUGAGGUCCUCCGCCAAUAGCUUCCAAUGAAAGAUGACGGUUUGACCAGAAAUGUUUCAUACUAUUAUUGUUUCCAUGGACACUUACAUCUACCAACUCUGCCUUCAUAUCGGACGUUCUCCCACGGCGCUUCUCAGCCCACGGCCGUACGACGUCGGCUUCCUAUCGGACGAACGCUCUCUUUUCAGCACGCAAGGCGUCUGCGGGUAGAUACAUGCAGGCAAACCCUGGCAGGAGCUUUAACAAUGCAUUUUCUUCC